CUUUGCGGGCGGGAUGUCACGUUUCAUUGGCGAAACGUAUACAGUUGAAAAGAGCGGUGGUAAAUGUGAAAUCGGCGGAUAAUGCGUGUUUUGGAUGGGCUAUGACUGCUGCACUUUAUCCAGCAGAAAAAAACAGCGAUCGCACAUCCUCUUACCCGCAUUAUUCAACGAUAUUCAACUUCCAAGGCAUUAACUUCCCUAUGAAGUUGGACCAGAUUGGGAAAUUUGAGAAGAUGAAUAAUCUCUCAAUCAAUGUCUAUAGCGAGAAGGAGGAAGUCAUUCUACCAGUCCGCGUGAGCAAGGAGAAGAAAGAGCGACACUUCAACUUGCUUUACAUCGAAGACGUGUCGGGAUGUGGAAUUGGACACUUCGCGUGGAUCAAGAAUUUAUCCCGGCUCGUCAACUCACAGCUCAAUUCUGAUGGGCACAAGAAAUACAUCUGUGAUCGAUGCCUUCAUUACUUCCCAACCAUUGAUAAGCUGCAGUUCCAUGAGGUGGAUUGUGGCGUUAUCAACGAUUGUGCCGUUCGACUACCAGCUGAGAACGACAAAUGGUUGGAGUUUACCAAUGCCAAUCGGAAGGAGCGUCUCCCGUUCGUGGUAUACGCCGACCUCGAAUGCAUCUUGGAGAAGACCAGCGCUGAAGAAAGGGAGAAAAAUAAGAAGGAACGUAAGUAUCAGAAGAAAAAUCCUCAUUGA